ACUCUCGGGAAUUUCUCCAUCCAUUCAUCCCAAUCCACGUGUUUGACUGUACAACCCGCCAAACACCUAUUGGUUUUAUUCUCCAUUGAAUUCACUUCCUUCUUUCCUCCUUCACAUGGCGAUCUAAGGUGUUUGUUUCCCAAUUCCACUACUCCCUACCUAGCAAUGGAAGGCCUUGGAAGCUUAGGAUUUAGUAAUGUAAGCACUGCCAUGAGGAAGAAAAGGAGCAGCGCGUCCCGUCGUCCUAGGAGCGAGUCACAACCUCAUACAGAGUUCCAGGAUCUUUCUUCUUUAUCAUCCACACCGCCUUCCGACAAUAAUUUAGUCAAUGUUGACGAUGAGGCAUAUGAAGACUCCGAUGAAGCUUCCGACUAUUGUUCUUUCCAAGGCAGUAGGGACCGUAGGCAUGAUGGAAUUGAUUUGAAAAGAAGCAGUGAAGGUGUCCUUGCACCUAGUAAUUGGAAAAGCGUGAGCAUGGGAGGGAGUUUUGGAAGUGUUUCAGAUGGACUAGAAAAUGAGAAGAAAGUCAAGAAAGUUAAACUUAAGGUUGGUGGUGUUACGCGUACCAUUGAUGCCAAAUCCGUAGGUGAUAGUGCAUCCGGUGCUGGGUCUUCUUCUUCGAAAUCCUCUCACUUUUCUGACGCCCCUCGAUCACUUCAGCGAUCAAGUAUUAAGGACAACUCUGAUGACCACUUCUUUACUUCCGAGAAGGAUGGUAGUUUGCGAGGGGUUCGGUGGAAGGAUUUCUCAAGAGGCGAUAUAGGUGUAAGACAGGUACAUCAGUCAACAGGUAGGGUACCUGCUGAGAAUAUCUCAACAAAGGGUAUAGACAAGCAUGAACCGGUCCGUAAGAGUAAGCGAGUUCCCAAGAAACGCUCAUUAGAAGGAGUGCUUGAUGAUGCAGAAGAUGAUGAUGAGAUUCGAUACCUUGAGAAGGUCAAAACAGCUAGAGUAACUGCUGAUUAUGGCGUAGAACAUGGAGAAGAUGGAGGAAGAAAACAACGGAGGAUAUCCAAGGUAGCGACUAGGAACGUUGACGGCCUUUAUGGCUUAGAUGUUGGAGAUUAUGGUUCGUCAAGAAUAAGCAAGGAGUCUAAGAAGUCAAGAUCAGGAAGAACCUCUGAAGAUACUGAUUAUGUGGAAGAGGAUGAAGAAUUGGUUUCAGAUGUUGAGCUAGAAAAUAGGAGAAAGAAAACCAGAAAGGAAGUUGUAGAUUUCCUGGGGGACAACAAGAAGGAAAUGGCUGUCACUACACGGCAGCGUGCACUGCAAGCAGGCAAAGAUGUCUCUUAUUGUGUUGGCGUUAGUCCGGUUGAGUUCCCGAAUGGAUUGCCUCCUGCUCCACCCAAAAAGCAAAAAGAGGAAAUCUCCGAAGUAGAGCAGCAACUGAAGAAAGCAGAGGCGGCUCAGCGACGCAGGGUGCAGGUCGAAAAGGCAGCUAGGGAAUCUGAGGCCGAAGCUAUAAGAAAAAUUCUCGGCCAAGAUUCGAGCAGGAAGAAACGAGAAGAGAAGUUAAAGAAAAGGCAAGAAGAAAUGGCACAAGAAAAAGCUACGAACUCCAUGGUAGUUGCAUCAGACUCUGUUAGAUGGCUAAUGGGCCCUUCGGGAACAACAGUAACAUUCCCGAACGAGGUAGGCUUACCAAGUAUAUUCGAUCCCAAGCCUUGCGGUUACCCUCCUCCUCGAGAGAAAUGUGCUGUUCCAACUUGUACAAAUCCGUACAAGUACCGAGAUUCGAAAUCGAAGCUUCCCCUCUGCAGCCUGCAAUGCUACAAGGCUAUGCAUGAAUCGUUUACCGCGUGUUAGAGAACGGCACUCGGCGGUAUGAUCCGGCAGGAAACUACGAUCGUAUCAGUUGUGUACAUAAGUUUGUGGAUGGAUACUAUACUUGUGAUACAAUACUAAUAUAUGGAGUGUAGGAGAGAAGGGUAACAAUUAAUAAGGACUUGAAUAUUGCCUUGUAUACUAAUAUAUGAUCGUGAUAAUGAUAGUGUUGUGAUAUUUGUAUCCAUUUCUUGUUGAA